GAACUGACGUAUUCUUUCUGCUUUGGUGACGUAGUCACUACUUAGCGUCAGAGGCGACGAUUCUUAUCAAUACGUAGUAUUUUGCUAUCUCUCGUUUUCCUGUUUUCGAAAGAAUUUAGAAAUUGACACUAGACAUUCAUACAGCGACGUCAAGACAUCUGAUUUAGAAACUGGGCAGCGGGUUUAGCUCGUUAGCUCGUUACCUGGCUAGGCAGCUAAUUGUAGUUAGCAGGACGGCCAGCUAUAAUUAUGACACGACAGCUUUGUGCAUUUCAAUGAGAGGACAGAUCUCCUGCGCGUGCUUAAAGUAAAAAGACAAUGCUGUCGCGUGAGCUCGGUUUAGGAAGAUGAACUUGUCUGGUUAUAAACCUAAAGCGGCUAAUUAGGGCUACACAGCUGUGUAUUGAUUGGCUAGUAAGCUAGCAGCUAAAUCGCGAUUCACAAAGCAGUUGGUAGCAAACUCGACAGCUGGCAGCAUGGAUUUCAACAACGUGUUGUCCAUCGCCUCCCAAAAGCAAGGCCUGAGCAGCUUACCGAAGAGGUACAGCUUGAAACCUGGUCCUCCGAAAAAGGACCCAAAAGUGAAAGGUGUCAAUUCUGCUGCAGUACAAGCAUUUUUGAAGAAACAGGAGGUCGAACAGAAAAAGAAAGUUCAGGAGCAAAAGAAGCAGAAGGAAGUACUCCUGGCUAAGAGAGUGGAAUUAAAAUCCGACCGAAAGGCACGUGCCAUGGCGUCUCGUACCAAGGACAACUUUCACGGCUACAAUGGCAUACCUAUUGUAGAUAAGCCCAAGAAAAGACUAAGUAAGGGUGAAAAGUAUGAGCAACAAUCAGGCGAUGAUGAUGAUUACGAUGAGGACAAUUACGAAUAUGCCAGCAGUGACUCUGAAUCUGAACCAGAACCCACGCCUGCAGUAAGGCCUCAGGAACACAGUAAUGGGUCAACCAAAACGAGCAACAUGCAGAAAAAAUCGAGCGUUCCACCCAAGGCUGCUCCACCACCCAUGAAUUUUGCAGACCUCUUAAAGCUCGCCGAGAGAAAACAGUUUGAACCUGUCGAGUUGAAACCAACAAAGAAAACUGAAGAAAGGCUUCGUACGGCAGAGGAAAUUAAAGAGUUAGAACUUGAGCGCAAAGCCAAGAAACAAGAUAAAGGGAGAGACAUUAAAUCAGAUAAAAAUUCAGGGCACAAAGAUGGUAAAUCCAGCACGAAUUCUUACAAGAAAAAUAUGGUUGACAGGGAAGGAACAUCGCACAGGUCAUCAAGUGAGAAAUCAUCCAGUGGACUUAGCAAAACGCCAAAGCCGCACACACACACUGAGCGACCGCACACACACACUGAGCGACCGCACACACACACUGAGCGACCGCACACACACACUGAGCGACCGCACACACACACUGAGCGACCGCACAGUUCUGCCAAAUCAUCUCAUGGAUCCAAACCUAGCUCUAGCUCCUCAGGUGCCUUAAGUGGUAAAGCUGCCAUGAAGGGAAGUUCAGUCAAGCAAGCAGGGCCUAGGCCCCAGUCUGGUGAAAAGCCAACAUCCUCAAGUGACCUUAACUCUAAGAAAGGCUAUCCAGGACUACCUCAAGUAAAAAUGAAUAGUUCUGGGAGCCGAGCUGAUGCUGCUUCAAACUUGUCUAGACCAUCAGGUCAUGGGCAAGGGAUUAAAGGAUCUGGACACACCAGGCCUAGUCAGGGUAUAAUGAAUAACAGAGGACCUCCUCAAAAGUCAGGAAGGGGAGAGGUGCCGCGAGCAGGAGGCAAUCCUCCUCCCCGACCAGGUAGCAACGGACCUAUGAGAUCUGCACCUCCUGGCUCCUCAAAACAAUUAGAAACUCCUCAUCGGCCAAGACCUGGAGGCAGCGUUCAGGGCCGUCCUGUUCCCGGAGGGGCAAGACCCUCUUUAAAUGGACAAGGCAGGUCUAGUCGACCGUUAAAUACUAUGGGACCAGGUCCUGGAAGACCUCCAUGUACUGUUGUGUCAGAGACCAUUUCAUCUAAGAACUUUGCACCUAAACAAGGAAUGGCUGCCAGGCCUCCAGUUCCUCAGAACUCAGGGCCCAAAACAAUCAUAGGACCAACAGGUCAUAGAAUUUUGGCUAGACCACCUGGUCCAGUGUUACCACCCAUAACAUCCAGCUACAAACGCAAGUAUGAGGAUGAAGAGGAGUACGACUCUGAGAUGGAGGACUUCAUUGAUGAUGAAGGAGAAGACCAGGAUGAAAUUUCUAAACAUAUCAGAGAAAUCUUCGGCUAUGAUCGGACCAAAUACAAAGAUGAGAGUGACUAUGCAUUAAAGUUUAUGGAGAGCACUUGGAAAGAACAGCAGAAGGAAGAAGCACGAAGUUUGCGCUUGGGAAUUAAAGAAGAUGAAGAAGAAAUGCGAUUGGAGGAGGAGGAGAUGAAAAGAAAGCAAGUGAUGAAAGCAAAGCGCAAAAAGACUUGAUGUUAGUUUGUUUGUUUGUUUGAUUGACUUGCGUCGAGUAAAGUCAGUUACAUAGAGCAGGUUACUUGUGCCAUUCUGCAAUUAAUUACACAUUAUUUAUUUCAAUUUACCAAAAUAGGGGAUCAGUUUUGCACUACCAAGAGCCCAUCUUUAAUAGCUGAGCUUUAGAGAAAGUAAUA